AUGGACACGGGAGGCGAUGUGUACCGUCAACUGCAGCCGCAAUGGAAUCCCAUAUUGAUUGUGGCAUCGAUUGCCAUCUCAUUUCUGGGGGCAUUUACCUCGACACAACUGAUGUGCCAUGCAAGGAUGUCAUUGCGGUUCCACAGUGUUUUGCUGUGGGUGCUGUUUGGCAGUUUUGUGUUUGGGGGUUGCUCAGUCUGGUGUCUUCACAUGGUGGCCAUGCUUGCAUGCGAGUUUGAUGUCAAGAUGGGAGUAAAUCCGUCACUCACGGUCUUGAGUGCAUUCUUGCCCGUCUUCUUCACAUUCCUGGCUCUGGGGAGCGAAUUGCUCUGGGAUCGCUGGCAUUACACCCGAGGGAGGGAGAGGCGUAAGGCCAGAAGGAAGCGUCAGAAGACUACUACUCUGAGCCCUAUGGGCAAGAUUAGGAAUAGUAAUCAUCACACUCUGUCGCUCCGUCCAGUGGCAGAGGAGGAAGACGAAGAAGAAGGUGACUUUCAGGACGAAGAUAUUGCUCCUGAUCAGCCAUUGCUAUCGAGACCUCGCCAAUUGCCUGCUCGAAAUUCGGAAAGUCAGAGCUGGAGUGGGCCUAGGGCAGACUUCUUCAGAUCAUCACAAGACGGACCCGGGGCUGCAUUCGAUCAGAGUCGCUUGCCAUCAUCACCAGGCACCGCUAUUCUACGCGAUGAUCAAUCUACUGGUCUCAGAGAUGAUGCUUCUACAAUCAGCUCUGGAUCUCUGGGUCCAUCCUCCAGUGACGGAUCUACCCUUCGUCGUGAAUCAUCAGCUGGAUCAAGCACGAGUCAUGGUCUCAGCAGUGCGAUGGGACUUGCUUACCGACGAGCUCCUGCAUCUACAGUGAACGCCUUCGUGGCCACAGCAAAGAUCUUGUACUAUGGCAUGACUCCGAGGAAUUUGCUCCGAGGAUUUCUGUGGUCAAUUGCGAUUACUAGUAUGCACUACACUGGCAUAUACGGAUUGAGGAUCCCAAACGGAAGAAUUGUUCUUGCCCCUUGGAUCGUUCUAGCAUCUGCGCUCAUAUCUUGGCUAGUCUGCACUGUUGGCUGUAUAUGUAUGACAGAGAUGGAAGCCAUGCUAUCCCAGCAGCUAUUGUUCUCGGUCGUAGCAACUACAGGAGUAGCUGCAAUGCAUUUCACGGGAAUGAGGGCAGCUACCUUCUGGUCUACAUCACCCCCAUCAGAACUCCGAGGAUAUCCACCGGUAAUCGCGGCUGCAGUGGUUCUGAUUGCAUUCUCAACAUGCAUCGCUGCAAAUGGUCUACUAGCACAUUCUGCCACUGUUUCCCGCAAUAAACUUGCCGAAAUCAUUUGGACCCGUCGAGAGCUGUGGCGAACAAUCGCCCAAAAAGAGAACGCAGAAGCAGCUGCUCUUGCGAGAAGCGAGUUCAUCGCAGCUGCUAGUCACGAAAUUAGAACGCCUUUGCACCACUUACAAGGAUACAGUGAUUUAUUGUCACAGACACCAUUGAGCGAAGAAGGUAGAGCCCAUCUAGCCGCCAUCCAAAGAGCGACCAAAACACUCUCAUUGAUCACGAACAACGUAUUGGAUUGGUCCAAGCUUGAGAAAGACGCCAAAGCAGUUUGCAAGCCCGUCUCCCUGGAUAUCAGAACAGUGUGCGAGUCAAUAAUCAUUCUGCUUCCUAACAAGGACGACGAGGCAGAUGUUGAGCUCUGUGUUGUGGUAGCUCCAGAUGUCCCGACCUCGGUCUUCUUGGAUGAGACAUACAUACAUCGCAUCCUGAUGAACCUACUGUCCAAUGCGUGCAAGUUCACAAGAUCAGGCUAUAUCAUUCUCUCUAUCGAAGUCAGUGGCGACAAACUGAUAGCAUCGGUGAGAGAUACUGGUAUCGGCCUUGACCCGACAUUCAUACCUCAGAUGUUUGAGCCGUAUAAGCAAGGCGAGCAGAAGGGAAACCAGCGAGGUACUGGUCUAGGUCUCAGCAUCAUCAAGCAACUUUUGCAAGCCAUGAACGGCACCAUCACCGUCGAAUCGAAAUUCGCCUACUCACAGGAUGUGGGGCCAAACCAGAGUGGAAGCACGUUCACCGUUACCGUACCUCUUCAACCCUCCUCUCUUCCUCCACAAACAGCAGACCAGCAAGAUCAAAGGCAUGUAGCAAUCUUAUCCGAGACAGAUACUCGGUCACUCCAAGGUAUAAGAACAGCCUGGGAAAUGUUCGGUCAUCAAGUCACAGUCGCCACCACCAUCUCGGACCUUCCUGAACAAGAGUGGAAAUACAUCUGGGCAGACAUGCCUUUCCUCCUCAACAACAAGGAUCAAUUCCGACGCCUCAUGAGGCGCCAAGAUUUGCUCGUCUUGGUCCCAUACGAUACACAAAACUCGCUGUCAGAGUUGCCUGGCAUCGUAGCAGCUCCGCACGUUGUCCUACUUCCUCGCCCUCUAGUCUGGCACUCCUUCGCCACCCGCGUCGACGCCGCAAACCGCCGCAGCCGUAGCGCGACUGUGUCUCGCACCCUUCGCUUCGCUCCUGUAGUCGAAGUGGUACAAGACAUAGCACCCGCCGAAUUCGCCCAGAUCAAUUCUGAACAAGAAGCUCGGUCACCGGAUGCUGUGGUGCCUCAACCGCAGACUGUGUUGCUAGUAGAAGACAACGUCAUCAAUGCGAAGCUCUUCCAGAAGAUGCUGGUGUCGCUUAAACACAAAGUCAUUCUUGCUCCCGAUGGCGAAGCAGCUGUCUCACAGGCCAUCGCUCACGACACCGCUAUCGAUAUUAUUUUCAUGGACCAAUCCAUGCCCAAAAAGGACGGCAUAACUGCCACAGCCGAAAUCCGCGCUUUGGAGUCUUGCGGCAAACUGCAACGCAAACACAUCAUUGUCGCUUUGACGGCGGUAGUGAAUACAGAAUCGAGAGCGAAAUUCAAAGAAGCAGGUGCUGAUGAUUUCUUGGCCAAACCAUUGAGUCUAGGGGGUUUGAAGGAUGCGUUGGCGGUACAUUUGGCAUGCUAA